UACUCCUGCGGGCCCGUACAAAUGGCACUGGGAAGCAGCACUUGCAGGAAGAUACUGGCGGUGUUCCUAUGUGUGAUGGUGUUCACACAAGGCGGUGGCGGUGGCAUGGUGGCUGCGGAGUCGAGGCUGUGGCCUGUCGGUGACCACGCCGGCUGGAGCUUUGGCGUCCUAGGAUGGCCCAACUACAAGCCCUUCAUGGCAGGCGAUGUUCUCCUGUUUAGCUACAAGCCGGGCGAGCACAACGUGAUGCAGGUGAGCAGCUUGCAGUACGCCUUGUGCGAGGCUCCCGGCAACGCCACGGUGUGGAGCACCGGCAACGACCGCAUCACGCUCGCCCGUGGAGUGUGGUUCUUCAUCUCCGGAUUCACGGGCGACUGCGAGAAGGGCAUGAAGAUCGCCGUCACCGCGAGAUAG